AUGCUCUCCGCUCCACUACAUUGCUCCAUCUGCGCUAUCCCAUGCCUUCUUCCCCGCAACGAGCUCCCCCCACCCGAAGCCUCUUUCCUCGCAGACUCUCUCGUUUCUCCAAGCAAACCGUCUGGCGUAGGCGCGACGGGUUGGUUGAACGAAUGGUAUUGCCUCCGCGUUUCUUCAGGUAUCGUCAGUCCCGAACCCUUCCUCCCUCCCACUCCACCAAUCUCACCCACAUCCAAAGCUUCCCCCUCUCCCGAGCAGACCGGAGCCAAGACAAAGCGCUGCGUACCGAUCCAUGCAUACUGCCUCCUCGCGAUUCUCUCCACUAUCCGCCAGUCACAGUUCAACAACGCGCAGACGCAUGAGGAGAAGAUGAUGAUUGAGUGGAGUUUGCCGAGAUGGAGUGGGUCUGGGCCUUGGGCGAGGAAAGGUGAUGAGGAGGGUGAAGGAGCGGGAGGGGGGUUGAGCUUGGGGCAUUGGAGAGGGCUGGUCAGUCAGAGGGAGAGGUGGGAGAUGGAGGGGAAGCAUUAUCUGGAUGCAGGUAAAGUGGUGUUGCGGCGGGAUUAG